AUGAGAUCCUCUCGGCAGUCCCCUCUUCUAAGGAGUCGAGUCACCCAUCUCUGUAUUAGGACUCUUUGUGCGCCGGCCUCUAAACUGCCUGACACCAAACCCCUUGCGGAGGAACCGGGUGUGAGCCCCUUGCAGCAAUGGAAGGAUGUGGGGAAGAGAGUGGGCACAAACACCAUGCAAGCCGUGUCCACCACAGCCAAGAACUGGUGGGACCGAUAUGAAGAGUUUGUGGGCCUUGUAGAAGUUCGAGAAGCUCAGGGAAAAGUAGCCGAGGCAGAAAAAGACUUCAUGGUGGCCCGUGGGAUAGUGCGAGAGGCCCGUGAGAGCGCUGAGACUCAGCAGGUAAAGCUGAAAGAAGUUAGGGAUCGAUUGGACCGCGUGUCUCGGGACGAUGUACAGUACUUGGAGCUGGCCACUCUGGAGCAUAAACUACUGCAGGAAGAAAAAAGGCUGAGAGCAUCGUACAACCACGCAGAGGAGAGCGAAAGAGAGAAGUUUUCCCUGUUUUCUGUCUCUGUCAGAGAGAGUCACGAGAAAGAAAGGACCAGAGCAGAACGGACUAAGAACUGGUCAAUCAUUGGAUCAGUUCUAGGGGCGAUCAUCGGGGUGAUGGGCUCUACAUACAUCAAUCGUGUUAGACUGCAAGAACUAAAGACUCUGCUUUUAGAAGCUCAGAAAGGACCAAUCAGUUUACAGGAAGCCAUACAGGAGCACGCCUCGGUGCAUCAGAACCAACAAAGGGACCUGGGUGAGCUCAUUUUAGCGUUAAGAAAUAUGGUGCCGACUGUGCUGCCUCCGAGCCGAGAAAUGCAAAGAGGAGGGCCAGCAGUUCCGGUAAACUCGUCUGGUUCAGCAGAUCAGGCCUUAAAGGCCAUUAAAGAACACAUGACCUACAGUAAGGAAACAGGGAAACACUUAGAAAGUUUACAGCAGCAAUACAGUAACCUAGAAAAAAGUAUUAACAAAAUAGCAACAGAUGUGCAGAACGUCAACUCGAAGGUCUCGGCGCGGACUGCGGAGCUGCCUGUUACCGCUUACAUUCCGAGGGAUGGAAGUCAAGAAGCACCCCUGCAAAACGUCAUUCUCGAGUUGACUGAUGCGGAGCAGAGACUGGGAACAAAGAUUAACAGGAAUUCCGUAUACAGCACUGCACUGACUUGUACUGCGGUCGCAUUAACACUACCAGUAAUGUAUAUCCUACUCAAAGGGAACUAA